GAACUGUCUUGUCCGGGAACGAUAUCAGUGUGGCCGCGCGCGCCGCUAUGCACGCGCGUGCGUUGUUCAUCACAAUCUGUGUCGCCAUUUCAAAUUGUUUGACGAUCCAUCAAAACUACGAGCAAGACAUAGAAACGCAUUCAAAAGAAGAACUGCCGCCACUCUUCAUAGUGUGUAACCUCACCGACAUAGUAACAAUCACUGCUCCAGAAAAAUACAAUAACGACGCGCUUUACUAUUUAUACAACCCAAGUAAUGACGUAACUAAACUGGACAUUAAGCAAAAUGCAGCGAUAGACGAAACACAUGCUAAUACCGGUGAUAAAACCGUAGUAAAUAAUAAAUACAACGUAAGAAAUGUUAAUUUAGGACAGAAGGUCGACUCAAAAACAAAUGAUUCGUUCGGAGAAAACAAUGAAUUUGUCAUUGGGCCUGUGGGGCAAGAGGAGCACGGGAAUUGGGUGCUCAGUAUUUAUUACAAGAGGAAUGGAUCUUGGGUGGAAGAGUUCCAGGUUAUCACUAUUCAGAUAAUUGAUUUCGUCCCAAUCCAGCCCGCAUCCCCCAUACUAACUGAGGGAGCAUCAUUGGAGUUGGGUUUCGCAUACCCCCUACCGGACAUCGAGACUUGUGAACUGGUGCAACCCUCUAUCGACCGACCUUACGACAGAGAGUACGAGAGGACGUCGCUGCACACGUGUACUUACGUCAUUCGUAACCUGAGCACCCGGGACUCAGGUGUAUGGAAGAUAGUCGCAGUCGGGAACAUCGUGUAUGAAGGCUAUAGCUCCGUGGAAGUUAGGAAAAUCGGGGGCGGUCUUUCAGAGGCUUUGCCUCUUGUAAGCGCUAGUGUAAAUGGAACCAAAUACUUAAUAUUUAGUAUAAUUCUGCCAGUUGGACUGAUUUUAAAAAUAUAUUGCUUGUAAUUAA